AUGCUAUUAUUUACAGAACUACUACAAGAAAUAAGAGCCCAGAGUCCACCCUCUAGCCCUUUUAUUGCAUGGGAUACAAUGUCUCAAAUAACAUCAGAUUCUGCAUCCGAAUCGAACAGUACGGGGCAGACACCCCUUUUUACAACUUUGGAUAAUGAAACUCCAUCUACAUCAAGCAAAGUUCCAAUACCCAGAAGAACAAUGCCAAAGAAAAGGAAUGCCCAAGAAGCUAUGAUCGAAAAAAUGUCAUCAUGCUUUGAUAAUUUAAAUAAAAGGGUCCAGUCAGCUCCUACACCAGAGGAAGACCUGCAUUUUGCAAAUAGUUUAGCGCACGAUAUGAAAAUUUUAACACCAUUACAAAAAACUCAAUUAAAAAGGACAAUUUACGAACUUUUGGAAAAUACUGCAAGCAAAACUUUGUAA